AUGAAGCAGCAGAAUUGGUGUGGGCUGACGGCCAAGAUGGGCACGGUGCUGUCAGGGGUCUUCUCCAUCAUGGCCACUCACAUGCACGUCAUCUUCGAAAGAAAGCAUCUGGGGAACGGCAACUGCACGGAUAACCUCCAGAGUCGUGGCAUCGAUGUGGUAAGCCACUUCCUCAUCUGCUGGAGCUUCAAGAUCGUCCUCCUCCUAUCCUUCAUCACCAUGGCGGUCAGCGGCUUCCUCCUCUAUUCUGUGUAUGCCCAGAUUUACGGGGGUCUCAUGUGUUACACUAUCUGGAUCUUCACCUAUGAGUCCAUCAACCUCGCCAUUCAGAUCCUCACCAAUGAGUUCAGCGUGGCACUGGUCAGAGCCAUGCGCUGGUUUGGCUGGGUGUCCCGUGCAUCUCUACACAGCUUCUGUUUGUACUUUGUUGUGACCCAUGCCCAAAUCAUCUACCAGAGUAAAAAACAGGGCAACAUACUCUCUUACCAUAGGCGUAUCUCUUUAGGAACCGGAGACACUCCACGACGGAAAUCAAAGAUUAUAAAUUUUAUCCACCACAAUGAUUAAAGGUGGCCGUUUUCCAACUGUGGAAGUUCCCAGUCCC